AUGCAGAUUCAAACCUGGGUAAGGGUGUAUGUGACAUUGUGGAAGUGUUGGAAGAGAGUGAAAAGAGCAAAAUGUUGUGGUUCUGUCAUGUGUAAUUGGAUCUAAAUCAGUUUUUAGGGCUCCAAGAAGUCAGAGGUCUACAGCAGGUGAUAUUGAAUUUUCUGAGACUGAGUUUGCUAGAUUUUCUCAUCAAAUUCCAGCUUUCCAGCACAGAGGAGAAGAUAGUCACUAGAGAGGCUAUUGGGAGCUUGAUCCCUUGUUCAUUCCUGGUUUUCUUAUUUGUUUAGAGUGAUAUGCUAUAGUGUUUGUUGUAUAAUUAAUUCCCUCACCUUAGUAUAACCAAGAGCUUUUGAGUAUGGACCAUGGGAGAAACUGGAAAGAACCUAGAAGAAACUUGACAAAUUGAUUUUGCCCCCGUGUGUUGGAAACCAUGCAUGGCCUUAACCAUUAACCAUUUUGUUUUGGCCAAAAUUUGAUGUAGUCUUCCGGAAAGCGAACUAAUGCAAAUCUAUGAUCUUUAGUUGCAAACUUGCAGUGAUGAUGAAUUCUUAUAUCUGCAUCAGAGUUGACCAUGCAGCUUCUCUUUGGGUGUUGUUUGUAAGAUGUUGAGGCAAGCAAUAGGGAAGGUUUUGAGCGAAAGGGUAGUUACAAAUUCUGGAGAUAAGCUUCUUUUGCCUUGCUUGUACUUGCCCACAAGUUCUUUUCAUGCUGGACAGGUUCAUUGUGCACCAAGAAGUUUUUUCGGAGUAGAGGAUUUUCUUGAUGAUGAUAAUAGCAGGCCAUACACUUAUAAGAAGGAGAAGAAGUCAAAGAAUCCAAGCAAACAUGUCUCGUUUAAACAACGGACUGUAGCCUACAUGGAGCCAUUUACACUUGACGUCUUCAUCUCAAAGCGCUUUGUUUCUGCUUCGCUUACUCAUAGAGUGACAAGUAAGCAGGUUGCUGUUGCUGGCACAAACUCAAAAGACAUUAAAGCCGUACUCAGAUCCAGAUCAGAUAUUCCUGCUUGCUUGGCAAUCGGGCGGAUAUUAGCUGACAGGGCAAGAGAAGCAGAUGUAUACACUGCUUCUUACACUCCCAGGGAGAGGGACAAAUUUGAAGGAAAAAUCAGAGCAGUGGUUCAGUCCCUCAUCGAUAAUGGAAUCGAUAUUAAAGUUUAUCUUGACUGAAUACGUUGGAUUCAAAUUUUUAUAUUGCUCUUUUCUCAAACCUUCUGGAAGAUGUUUCCUGUUGUUUUAGCUUUGUGAAUAUGAUUGAAUUACUGCCAUAUUCAGGGUAUGAAAACAAUGUGACUGUUGCAUUUCUAUGCCUUUUUCUGUAGUGUUAUGCUUUUGUUGUA